GCGCGCCACUGAGGGCCGGCCUAAGGCAGCUGUUCUUGCUGAGUCGCCUGCUGGUUACUUCCCACCGCCUGCACUUCCUUUCUUCUGAAUCCGGAUUCUUCCUCUGGAAGCGUGUGGAGACCAGGUAAGAAAAGAGGCGUGCCGAGCCGCCUUCCUCUGCAUGCAACUCUUUCCUCGACUUGGGAGAGUUUUCGGAUUUAUUUUUAUUUUUUUGGCCCCGCCAUAUAGAAACUCCCACUUUCCCCUCUUCCGGGCUCACUUUGCCGGGCAGGGCCUAAGACAAGAGAGCGGGGGUUUCCUGCCCCGUCAUGCAUCGCCACUUUCCGCUGUGGAUGUGCAGUGCGCUGCAGUGGGGGUGAUGCAAGGAGGCUGUUUGCGUUUUUCGUCAUCGGGAAUUUCCAGCGGGGAUUUCCAGCGGGACGGGGGGCGUGGGAAUAGAUAAGAGGCCUGUUCCGGCGACCGCGGGUCAUUAACCCCUCCCAGGGUCCUGGCUGUCCUCGCGCAUUCAACAUCUGAGUAGACAUUCAUAAGUUUGCGCUGCGCAGGUAAGGUAGCAUCGGGGAUGUGCCUUUACCUAUCUUGAAUAAUGCAACAGCUGUAUAUAUUGCUUGCUGAGAGAUGGGCAGAAAGGGAUUCCCGAUUGCGCGUGCAGAAAGCAGCUAUUCCCAGUAUCAUAACUGGGAUGUUCUAACCAGAAUGCCAGCAACGGGCACAGGCUCCAUCUGGGUGUCUCAAAUUGAAGUCAGUGCAUAAGAAAACCCUGAUUUUCUCUGUCUGCUUGUAGUGUACUUAUUUUGGGUCUAACUAACUGUUCAUUAAAAAACAAACAAACCCCCAAACUGCUGGGAAUUGCAUUUCUCUUUUCUUCCACUUCCUGGAGGUGAGGGCAGAAUUUGUGAAGCUUUCCGGAUUAUUUCUUUUCUAGCAUUGCAAAUAAACUCUUACAUGCCCCUGCUCCACCCAGUCUCGGAGUGGUGAGAAGUUCCAGAGGUCCCAGAACUUGCCACAGGAGUGAAGAUCAAAAUUCAGAACUUAGCUCAAGGUUGUCAUUUGAACUAGCCAGAUGUUUAACACAACCGGUCCAUCAUUUUUAAAAAGAAGACUUGAGAUCCGUCUUGUCUGAAAAUGGCGACUAGACAUUCCGUUUUGGCGACUGCAACCUUGGUUUAAGGAGCCAUUUGGCGCCUAGCUUAUAUAUCUGAGUUUCUAACACUCCCUUUUGGACAGCCCUGGCCAUCUCCCACUGCAAUCCGGAGCCCCUUUGUUAGAUAUGAGCAGCUUCUUUCACAGAUAGCUCAGUUGGUGGAGCACGAGACUCACGAGCACAAAUCCCAGAGUUCUGGAUUUGAGUCCCACAUUGGACAAAGUGGGGGGUUGGACUAGAUGACACCCCGGAAAUGAUCUCUUUCAGCUUCUGCCUUCUGGAAGAAGGUACAGGGUAUAAAGACUAGGACUAGCUGCCUGAGAAACAGUUUCUAUCCAGAUGCGAUUUUGGUUUUAAAUGCAGUGUAAGGUAGUCUCUAAGCAGUUCAAAAGCACGUCAAAGUGCAAGUAGAGAAAUAGGUACCACUCUGGCGGGAAGGUAAACGGUGUUUCCAUGCACUGCUCUGGUUCUCCAGAAGCGGCUUAGUCAUGCUGGCCACAUGACCUGGAAGCUGUCUGCGGACAAACGCCAGCUCCCUUGGCCUAUAGAGCGAGAUGAGUGCCGCAACCCCAGAGUCGGCCACGACUGGACCUAAUGGUCAGGGGUCCCUUUACCUUUUAAGGUAGUCUCUAUGGGAGUAUAUUGUAUUUAAUUAUAGGGUAUCAGAGUUUUUAGGGGGUUAACCAGGCUGGGAUAGCAGGCAUGUUGGUUUUUGAAUGUCUGAUGUAGAUUUUUUUCAAUUUCGUUGUUCUGUAUGGGACAAUGACAAUAAAGAUUAUCGUAUCAUUAUCAUAUCGUAUUGUGGCCUUUCCCAACUCUACAGUUCUACCUGUGAUUCUCCUAGUUCUAGGUGCUGACUGAACAUGGGGUUAGCUGAGGACAAAGUGAAGGAAUACAUCAAGGCCCACCAGUGCAACUUCCGAUGCAUCCGUGUCCUUCAGAUGCUCGACUAUCUCAGCUGCCUCACUGAAAUAGACAAGGUAACUUUCCCCCUGAUUUCCCUGCUCUUGUUGGUGCCAGAGUUUGGAUUGGGGAGCUGCCCAGGGUAGUGUCUUUAGGCUGUGGGAAUGUUGUGGAUAAUAGGAGAGGAUAUAUUGAUUAAAUAUCUAAUAAUAAAACAACAACACAGUACAAUGAAAUGAACUGAGCCUCCCCGCCUCACCAACACUCAAUCUCAUUGCACUCUGUGUGCUUGUCGCACAACACACCAACCCUGAAAGUCAGUUGCACUAUAUUAUUUUCUGUUCAGCAGCCUAACAGCUCACGGACAGAAACUGUUUUUAGCCUGUUGGUAUGACUGAUUCUCCUUCUAUAUCUCCUGCCCGAGGGUAGAAGAUUAAAAAGGUGCCGGCCGGGGUGUGAAUUGUCCCUGAGAAUUUUUCUCGCUCUCCUAAGACAUUGAUUCCUUGCGAUGUCAUCUAGCGGGCUCAGGGGACAGCCCAUGAUAUCAUGUGCUUGUUCACCACCCUCUAUAGAGACUUUCUGUCCGUGGCUGUCAAGCCAACGUACCACACUGUGAUACAAUAUGAGAGGACACUUUCUGUUGUGGACUGGUAGAAGGAGGUCAUCAAUUGUUGUUUAACAUUGUUCUUUCGCAAGACCCUGAGGAAAUGGAGUCUCUGUUGGGCCUUCCUAACCACCUGAGUUAUAUUGUUUUUCCAAGUGAGGUCUUCACUAAGGUAAACUCCCAGGAAUUUAAAGGAAGAGAGAUUCUCCACACAACCCCCCCCAAUAUACAAUGGGGCUAGUUCCCCUGUCUUCCUCUGCAAGUCCAACACCAUCUCAUUUGUCUUGCUAAUAUUUAGGUGCAAGUUAUUCUCUAGGCACCAUGUAGAUACUUUUUGAACCUCCUCUCUGUACGCUGAUUCAUCUCCACCUGUAAUUAGACCCAUUAUGGUAGUAUCAUCUGCAAACUUAAUAAUUGCAGUAGAUGGAUCAGAUGAGAUACAGUCAUAUGUAUACAAUGAGUACAGGUAGGGACUCAGCACACAUCCCUGUGGGGUGCUGGUGCUGAGCUUCAGGGAGGUAGAUGUAACAGGCCCAAUCCUCACUGUUUGUGUCUGAUCCCUCAGAAAGUCUUUAAUCCAGUCACACAUGGUAGAAGAAAGGUCUAGUUCCAUCAGCUUUUUGAUAAGAAUGUCUGGAAGGAUGGUAUUAGAAGCCGAGCUAUAUCCUUCCUCACUUAUGCUAGUGAGCUAGUAGCAGAGCACAUUCCCUUUGCACAUUGCUGGAAACAAGUUGAUUGAGUGAUUCGUUAGAAUCAUUUGAGUUGAGCAAUCCAGUCUGGCUUGUCCAGAUUGGAUAGUUCCCUCUUAAAAACAAUAAUGACACGACAGUCUUCUUUUAAAAGGAAUGGUGAAGUUUACUUACAUUCAGUUCACAGUAUUGUCCUGAAGGCAGCCUUUAUCUUGUAGUUACAGGUACAUGUGUAGAGAAAAGAAGUCUGAGCUAGGCCUCAGACUUUCCACCUUGUGGCUUCCAUCCUCUGUAAGGCUGAGCUAUGUGCUGCUGGCUAAGAACCAGCAGAGGGAAGAUGGCAAAAGAGCAGUUGCAAGAGCCAAAGGGCCAAAAGAGCAAGAGAGGGAGAUGGUUGCAUACUCAUCCUUACAGAGAAUGGAAGCCACAAGGUGGAACGUCUGAGGCCUAGCUUUAUAGGGUCUGCUAGGGUCACGCCCAUCUACCUGGUCACACACGGGAAGGAUGCUCCAGAGCAGGUAGGACAGGAAGUCUUCCCCAUCUGUGUUCACGGUCGGGGAGGACUUCCAAACACAGUGGAACACAGUGUAUGACGAGCUUUAAAAAAAAAAUGUUUUAAGUAUAACUUUAUGAAAAAUACAGAAGCUUUUCUUCUUUUUUAAAAAUAAUUUUUAUUGAAUGAUUUUAUGUUACAAAAAACAAUACAGCCAUACUACUACUAAAUAUAAUUAAGAAAUAAAAAUUACAUACAUCGAUAUUUAGUUUGCUAUUUGUUAUUUACCGUCUUAUUUCUUCCCAAACGUUGCAUACAACAACACACAUAUGUGCAGACACCCACAGCCGCACACAAAACGAUAAUAAUGAAAGUAAAUAUUUUUUCCCCUUUUAUCUUCCAAAAUCUUUCCUUCAACUUUUAAAAUGUUUUAAGUAUAACUUUAUGAAAAAUACAGAAGCUUUUCUACGAGGGAUAACGGACACAGGUAUAGCAAGAGAAGAUCAGAAAAUAUUCCUCUAUGCCACAGGAGCGGCAAGGAUCCUAAUUGCUAAAAACUGGGGGGGGAAAACUGCCAACAAAAAAGAAAUGGCAAGAUAAACUGUUAGAGUAUAUUGAACUGGCUAGAUUAACAGAGGCAAUUAGAGAUCACACUAGACAAGUUUCAAAAAGCAUGGGGGAAAUGUAGAGAAUACUUCACAAAACAGUGCCCUAAAAUACAUACCUGGACUUGCAACCCAUGACGGCAGCACUCUGUCCCCACAGCUGGGCACUGGGGGCAGAGAAACUCGUGAGUGGUGGAAGUUUCACCCUCCACUUGCAAUAUGCCACUGGGUGAAGGCACCAUCGUGCUCUAGCCCUCAAACCAGUCCCGCGUGAUGUAUUGAUACAUUACCUUUUCAUUCUGUUCAGCUCACGCUCCCCCUUCAGCAGCACAGACUUGUUUUGAAGCAGUUGCAAAGUUGCUCUGGGUAUUGCAAGGUAGCAGGUGUGUCUGUGCUUAUGCAGGCACCCAAAUUACGUUGCAAACCCGUGGUUCUCAUGAUUACCGUAGCUAUUUGACAGUUAAUUGUGGGAGGGUUUUUCUUAACCGUGGGACAGGCAUGUCUAAACCAUUCCUGUGGCUUUCUGAGACGUAGCGACAGCCACAACUUGGACGACUUUCAAAGAGGCUUAGACAGAUUCAUGGAGGAGGAAGCUAGCAAUAGCAACUGUGUCGGAAACAAUUUGCCUCCUGGAUACCAGUUGCUGUCGCCCUCGGCUCUGACGUUUGGGCUUUCCAAAGGCAUCUGGUUGGCCACUGUGAGAACAGGAUACUGGGCUGUAUGGGCCUUUGGCCGGAUCCAGAACGGCCCUUCUCACAUGCAUCCAUCCAACUCCACGUUGAGAGCUCUGGUCUGGAGAUGCUGGCUGUAGACCAAGCUGGGGACCUGCUGGCAUGUUUGGAAUAUGCCAUAGGAAUCCCAAUUUUAAACCUUCCCAGGGCUUCGGUGAUGCUGUUCUGUCUCUCUUUCACCCCCCACCCCCUCGUUCCUGAGCUUUGCAUUUUCAUGUCCCCCAUUCCCGCAGCAAGAAAUUAAAAGUGAAUUCUUACUGCGAGGGAACGACCAGACGGUGUGGGAGCUGUUUCAGCGCCUCCAGACGAGGAGGGGCUGGGUGACGCUCCUCAUCAACGCUCUUGAGGACCAGAACCAAAGCGAGCUGGCAAAUGAAAUCAGAGAAGUUUACGACCGUUGGCUCUGUAAGUUGCCUUUCCCCCUUUUGCAUUUAAUUUAUUAUUAUUAUUAUUAUUAUUAUUAUUAUUAUUAUUUUAUUGCUUCUUAAGAGCAAUAAUGGAGAUCGUCAGCUUUGCAAAAGGGCAGUAUAUAAUCCAAAUGAAUGAAUGUGUAAAUUGGUGGUCUUCUUUUUCGGGGGCAAAAAAAUUGCAGUUGUUUUGAUUUAGAGUCUAGACCAUAGAACCCCAUGUAGUAAUAGACCACAUAUCCUUUUCCUCUUGGAUUGUUUUAUUAUUGACUCUGUAAAUCACAUAGCUGUACCCUAUACAGUGGUACCUCGGGUUACAGACGCUUCAGGUUACAGACGCUUCAGGUUACAGACUCCGCUAACCCAGAAAUAGUACCUCGGGUUAAGAACUUUGCUUCAGGAUGAUAACAGAAAUCGUGUGGCGGCAGCGGGAGGCCCCAUUAGCUAAAGUGGUAUCUCAGGUUAAGAAUGGACCUCCGGAACGAAUUAAGUUCUUAACCUGAGGUACCACUGAGAGCCAGUGUGGUGUAGUGGUUAAGAGCGGUAGUCUCGUAAUCUGGUGAACCAGGUUCGCGUCUCCGCUCCUCCACAUGCAGCUGCUGGGUGACCUUGGGCCAGUCACACUUCUCUGAAGUCUCUCAGCCCCACUCACCUUACAGUGUUGUGGGGGAGGAAGGGAAAGGAGAUUGUUAGCCGUUUUGAGACUCCUGAAGGGGAGUGAAAGGCGGGAUAUCAAAUCCAAACUCCUCCUCCUCCUCCUCCUUCUCCUCCUCCUCCUCCUCUUCUUCUUCUUCUUCUUCUUCACUGCAAUUCCUUAUUGGCAACUGUGACAACUUUUCUCUUCUUUCUUUCUUUCUAUUUUAUUUUUAAAUCCUGUUUGCUAUUAAAAUUCAGUAAUCGCUAUUUGGAAAUAAAGGAAAAAGAAAUUAACCUCUGUGCUGCUGGUGUGUCUUCCUCCUCCAGCUCCUCGAAGGAAUGUGCCGGCAGUUGCUGCCUCACCAGCUGUGGUGAAUAGCUCCCAGGUGCCAGCCGUGAAGCCCAGCCCACCCUCUUCUGACGUGCCCCUGCCAGUCCAGCCCCCGUUGCCCACAGGCGUCUCAGACCCAUCCCACUUCGCCACUAAUGCAGCCUCUGAAGACAUGCCUGAUUACAGCACUCCUGUUCAAGAAACUGAACGUCUCCCUCGGAGCCUUGAGGUAAAGCCUAAGAUUGGUUUCUCUUCCCUUGCCUUUCAUAGAAUCCUAGAGUUGGAAGGGACCCAAAGGUCAUCUAGUCCAACCCCCUGCAGUGCAGGAAUCUCAACUAUAGCAUCCCUGGAAAAUGGCCAUCCAACCUCUGCUCAAAAACUUCCAAGGAAGGAGAGUCUACCACCACUGUCUUCCCCACCCCAUAAAUUUUUAUUAUUUUCUUUACAUAUUCUUUCUUAUCAUACUUUAAACAACAUACACUGUAUUUUUUGCUCUAUAAGAUGCACCAGACCACAAGACGCACCUAGUUUCUGGAGGAGGAAAACAAGAAAAAAAAAUAUUCUGAAUCUCAGAAGCCAGAAUAGCAAGAGGGAUCGCUGUGCAGCGAUCCCUCUUGCUGUUCUGGCUUCUGGGAUAGCUGCGCAGCCUGCAUUCGCUCCAUAAGACGCACACAUAUUUCCCCUUUUAGGAGGGAAAAGUGUGUCUUAUAGAGCAAAAAAUACGGUACAUCUUUUUGCUCUGCCAAGCUUGUGACUUCAGAUGGUAUCCUUUAUUAAACCCACUCGCGUAUUUUAUCUUCUCACAUCUUAUCUACACUGUAGGAGUUACUUCAGCGCUGCUAGUGUUUUUAAGUUUUUACAACUGUCCUUUAAAGGUAAAGGUAAAGGGACCCCUGAUCAUUAGGUCCAGUCAUGACCAACUCUGGGCGUUGUGGCGCCCAUCUUGCUUUAUUGGCCGAGGGAGCCGGUGUACAGCAUACAGGUUAUGUGGCCAGCAUGACUAAGCCGCUUCUGGCGAACCAGAGCAGCGCAUGGAAAUGCCGUUUACCUUCCUGCUGGAGCGGUACCUGUUUAUUUACUUGCACUUUGACGUGCUUUCGAACUGCUAGGUUGGCAGGAGCAGGGACCGAGCAACGGGAGCUCACCCGGUUGCGGGGGUUCGAACCGCUGACCUUCUGAUCGGCAAGUCCUAGGCUCUGUGGUUUAACCCACUCCGGCGGGAAGGUAAACGGCAUUUCUGUGCGUGGCUCUGGUUCACCAGAAGUGCCUUACUCAUGCUGGCCACAUGACUUGGAAGCUGUACGGGAUGAAGUCUCUGCAGGGGAGCGGGGAGCCUUCAUCCCGCUGCCCUGCGGAGGCGUCAUGCAGCUAUCCCUGGCUUUUGCGGGAGGUGGGGGAAGGGACAGAGCAUGCGGCUCUGUCCCUUCCCCCACCUCCCAGAAAAGCCCCCAGGAGCCGCGCUCCCUUUAAAGAGUGCACGGCUCUUGCCGGAGGAAAGCCAGUAGGCUUGCUUUCGCUGAAGCCAGGAGGGCAAGAGGGAUCGGUGCGCACCGAUCCUGCUUGCUCUCCUGGCUUCAGGGGUAGCCCCUCAAAGCCUCGUGAGCGAAGAUGGAGGAGCGCUCCCUCUUAGCUCAGGAUGCUUUGCGUUCCUUUCUUAUUUCUUGUUUUCCUCCCCUAAAAACUAGGUGCGUCCAAUCGUCCGGUGCGUCUAAUAGAGCGAAACAUAUGGUAGCUUUUGUGUUACUGCUGUUUUGCUGGACACGAAGGGAAGCAGACAUGUUUUAUCCUUUGUUCCUGAACUAUGCCGAAUAAACGCUUGUAAAUACGCUCGCGCACAUCUCUGUCCGCCACUUCCGUUGUGGAGAUUUAUUCACGUGCUCGGUAGCUUCAGAAGGCUACUGAGGCUCAAGUCGCUGAUUGAUUGAUGCUGUACUGGAGAUCAUCCGGCUGCCGGCCGGUGGCUGGAGCAAGCUGGGGGCCUGCCAAAUGCCCCCAUAUCCCCGGCAGUAUCCCAACCGAUCCCUCCCAUUGCGAGGGACCGGGCUAGAAGACCUUUGGGGUUCCCUUCUAACUGUACAAUUCCAUGAUUCUGUGAUUUGUUCUUUUCAGACCAGAGGCAAUGUUGUAGCUGCUGCCGCUGAGGAUGCCCAGGCCAUUCCGAGCCGAGGCUGCCUUGGAGAGGCGCCUGGGGAGGUUUUGCCAAGCAACACACCAGCAUCCUCAAGGCCCGACGCGGGUCCUUCGGUGCAGAAGUGGGACGGCCGCCAGCCGCGCCCUGUUUGCGUGAAGAACGGCUAUUUUGGGAACAGGAACCAUCCCAUCGACAGUGCCGUUUUGCCGGGGCUGGCUGCCCCUCCUGAUCCCGGAACGCCUGGGAACCAGCCAGUGGAAGAUUACUACUCCUCUCCCGACAGCAGCUCCCCGCUGGCUUCGAGCGGUCAAGACAAGGCAUCCCUGAGGGAGCAGAAGAUCCAGGCCUUGCGGGGCUAUCACAACGAGGAUGUGCUGGACGGUUCAGAGGACGUAGGCAGCCCUCUCCUCCUGCAAAGGCAGUUCGACGCAGAGCAGGGAGUAGGCCCGGGGCGCCAGGAGAAAGGAGAUGGACGCGCCCCCUCUGCCCCAGUGGGGUUUGGAGCGAGCCCAACAGACCGCGUGCCUGGAAAUGGCCCGGGAAGAGGUAAGGACGUGGCGCGGUUUCGUUAGUUAUUUUGCAGAUCAGUUGCGCUGCAGAAAGCGUGCUGGGGAGACCACACAUUCAAGGAACGCAAAAUAACUUUUGCUAGAUUUCAAUAACAAAAGCAAAAACUCCUUUUACACUAAAUUACAAUACAUCAAUAAGCGUGGCCCGUCCACCAGGGUACUGAGAGAGCUACAUGCUGCUCUUUAUAUACUAUACCCACGUGCUUAAUUAACAUAACUUAACAGCACCUGCUGUACUGCUUCACAGCUGUAAAACUAGGUCAUGUUAUUUGCUCUGGUCUUUAAAGACAUCCAUAUCUUGUGAAACAAUAAUGAAACCUAAAAUUUAAAGAAACCAUUAAACAGGUUUGAGUCCCUUGCAGCAAUAAUAAUAAUAAUAAAUAUAAUAAAUAAAUUAAAUAAAUAAAUAAUUUAUACCCCGCCCAUCUGGCUGGGUUUCCCCAGCUACUGUGGGCAGCUUCCAACCAAAUAUUAAAAAUACAUUAAAACAUCAGUCAUUAAAAACUUCCCUAAACAGGGCUGCCUUCAGAUGUCUGCUAAAUGUCAGAUAGUUGUUUAUUUCUUUGACAUCUGAUGGGAGGGCAUUCCACAGGGCAGGUGCCACUACCGAGAAGGCCCUCUGCCUGGUUCCCUGUAACUUGGCUUCUUGCAGGGAGGGAACUGCCAGAAGCCCUUGGCGCUGGACCUCAGUGUCGGGGCUAGAUGAUGGGGGUGGAUUUGGACCACAGCACCACCCACGUCCCACUAAUUAAGGACAAUUUCCACAGCCUCCUUUUUUGCAUGGUUUUCUGUUCUUUUCCCUAGUUGUUGGAUGGGGUCGGGGGGGGGACACACACCAGUGUUUUAAAGUCCUGAAGCUCUGCUGUCUUGACUGUUCAAAACCACCUCGUUCAGCAUCAAUUCUAGGAUUUCAGCCACACACACAGUCCUGUCUUCCCAACCAUGAGGACUAUAAUCAUAAACUAUAAACCAUGAGGCUACUUGCUCUUCCUGCGCAUAUAAAACAUAGCAUGUGCACAUGGUGUAUUGGAUUUCAAUCAAAUCGAUUUAAAUCACUAGUUGGUAAGACUUGAUUUAGAUCACUAGGCAGUGAGAUUUGAUUUACAUCAUUAUUUUUUUACAGAAAGACUCUUCUUGCUGGUAUAAUCUUAAUAUUUACAACCAGAUGAAGGUUUCAUUUUUGGAAUAAUAAAUUUUCAGAGUAGUUUUUACAGUUAAAUCAAAAAUUACUGAUUUGGUUAUACUAUUAGAAAUACAUAGACUGAUAAUUAUGAAAUUAUAGUGAGGUUUCAUAAGUUAACUGUUUAUAUUUGGACAACUUCUCUGCUGUACUUUAUUGGAAGGAGAAAAAUAAUCAUUUCCUUAAUAACAAUUUAAACAAUUCAUUUAACUAAAACAAUAGCAUUAUAGCAUAUGUAUCCAUUAACUGACUUGGUUAAACGGUGGUUUUUGUGUGGUUUUUGUUUGUUUUAAACAGACUGAGUUUUAGCACACAUGAAAAACUUAAAACAAAUCUUUAUUAUACUGUAAUUUAAAUAGAAAACUAUCUGUAGAAAAGAUUUUUCCUCCCAAAGCAUUUUAUUUUAAAAAUCCAAUUUAAACCCAAAAAAUCUGUUUUUUUUAUUUUUAAAAAAUCAUUGGUUUUUAAUCCACCCUGAUGGGCACCAUCCUAUGUGCUGAUGAAUAAUUUCAUGCGUUUUUCCCAUGCAGGUCCCCGCAUUCCUGUGAAGGCUGCUUCCGCCAUCCCCUCAAAUGCAGAUAUUCUUGACAGCCCUUCCUCUGGCAGCUCCCAGCUCCUCAGUAGCCCUUCAAACAGAGGACAGACUCACUCCACGCCCAGCACUACACCUUUAGGGCAGAGUCGACCUCCGCCUUCCAACUUCGACGGUUCCUCCUCCACCGAUGUGAUCCCACCUAACUCGCCUCCCUGGCGUUUGGCUGCUCCAAGCGACGCGUCUAAAACUCCCAUUCAUGGUGAGGGUUUGACUGACACAGCCGCCUACAAGGUGGCGCCAGAGGAGGUAAGCUGGUCCACGCUUCUGGGGGUGGGGAGCUUGCGGCGGCGUUGCAGCCAGUCACGGGGAACAAAAAGGGAAAGGCCGGGGAAAUUGGGAAUUGAGGAGCCUAUCGCCCCAUUUGAGCACCUAGCCCGCUCUGACCAACAGCGGCUGUCCUGUCAACAACCUCUCCCCAUCACUGGGCACCUGAUCCCUUAGGGAAGGCCAGGCAGACCUCAGGGGCAUAGGGAGCCACCAGAAGUACCCCAUGUGCUGGUCCCGGGGGGUUACCGUGUGGCGUGGUCCGAGGCUGAAGCGGGGUCCAAGGUAGGGAGUCGGGUGUGGUCAGGAGCUCUGGCAGAGAGCAGGACAGGGUGCUGGCAGGAACAGGUAACCAACGAUGUUGCUCCCGCAACCUGGGACUGGCCUUUAUCUCCUCUGAGGCCUAGGGUGGUCCCUGCCCACAGGUGACUCGCCUCCCCUGGCCUUAAGGCGAUCACUCCUUCUGAGAGAACUUAGUUCCCUCCGCCUCUCUGACCUGAGCCUCUGCAGCUCAGGAGAGGCUGGAGGGUUACUGGACCCAGAGGCAACCUCAGCCUCCCCUGACAGGGCUGGGAGAGGAGCACCUACAGGCAAUGGGUCCUCGAUCACCUCUGGAGCCAGAGCGGAUUCAGCUGGUGUCUGCUCCUGAGGAUCCGGCACAGGUGAGGGCCCUUCAGAUUCAAGCCCCUGUCCUGGAGGCGGGGACUCCUGUGCAGGCUGGGAUUUCUCCGGUUCAGCCUCUGAAUCAGACUCCCAGGCCAUCACACCCCAUCAGAGGAGCUCGGUGGUGUAGGUCAGGGGUCAGCAACCUUUUUCAGCCAAGGGCCGGUCCACCAUCGCUCAGACCAAGUGGCGGGCCAGACUAUACUUUGAAAAAUAAAAAUAAAAAUGAACGGAAUCCUAUGCCCCACAAAUAACCCAGAGAUGGGUUUUAAACAAAAGGACACAUUCUACUCAUGUGAAAACACGCUGAUUCCCGGACUGUCCACAGGCCGGAUUGAGAAGGCGAUUGGGCCGCAUCCAGCCCCCGGGCCUUAGGUUGCCUACCCCUGGUGUAGGUGGAGCAUAAGGAAUCGGACAGUCCUGAAGGCACUUUGGGGCCCGGGUUGUUUGUGAAUUGGCCUUGAACCUGGCCCACUAGCAAAUUUGCAACCGGUACAGCUCUCCUAGCAGCAGAGUAACAUGUUGACAGUAAUCUGCUCCUGCAAGCCGUUUGGCCCCUGCGUUCUGCAGUAGUGGCAGCUUAAAAAAAUACCUGGAGGGCAUCCCGUUGGCUGCCCCUGCUCUAGAGGCCCUGCUAUCUCAGAUGCUUCCACCGAAUAAUAAUAAUAAUAAUUUAUUUCUACCCUGCCCAUCUGGCUGGGCUUCCCCAGCCACUCUGGGCGGCUUCCAACAGAAUAUUAAAAUACAGUAAUGCAUCAAACAUUAAAAGCUUCCCUAAACAGGGCUGCCUUCAGAUGUUUUCUAAAAGUCUGGUAGUUGUUGUUCUCUAAUAAUAAUAAGCCAGGGAUUGCACAUUAUUAUUAUUGUUACAGUGGUACCUCGGGUUACAGAUGCUUCAGGUUACAGGCUCUGCUAACCCAGAAAUAGUACCUCGGGUUAAGAACUUUGCUUCAGGAUGAGAACAGAAAUUGUGCAGUGGCAGCAGCAGGAGGCCCCAUUAGCUAAAGUGGUACCUCAGGUUAAGACAGUUUCAGGUUCAGAACGGACCUCUGGAAUGAAUUAAGUUCUUAACCCAAGGUACCACUGUAUUAUUAUUAAUCUGAUUGGACUGUCCCAGCCAUGUGCUACAAAUCCUGUGCUCUGCAUCUGAAUGCAUGGAAUCAGAGAGUUGCAAGGGACCUGGGCUGGGGCCCUCUACUCCGAACCCCUGCAAUGCAGGAAUUAUGGAAUCCCAAAACUCUUGUGGGAUAAGUACUGAAUGGUGAAUCAUUGGGGGGGUUGGACGGAGGGAGGAAGGCAGGCAAAGAAGUGUGUAGGUGGGUUUUCCUUACCUAUUGUCUUGUCUCCUGCAGGUGAUCCAGCCCUCUGCUGUGAGUGGAGAUUCAAGGCUGAGUACGAACAAAGUCUUUCACCGUCCCAGAGAUCACGGUGUCUUUUCUACCAAUCACGACGACGACGAACCCUGCAAACCGGGCGUACUGCAUUCAGUACAGAGUGUAAACACAGUGGGAUCGCAUGAUUGGCAGCUGAGUGAAAAAGAGACAAAUCCUGCAUAUUCAGGGAGAUCGGAUAGGCUUCGCCUCAGCAAUUUCUCUGAGGGCAGCGACCCUUUGAUGAUCAGCAAUCCCAGCUCGUCCGAAGAGAGAUGCUCUGGUCCAGCCGACAUCGCUGUUCCGGGCAGGGAUGAAGCCCGCGACGCUUCCCGACAGCUUUCACGCGGCAACCACCGGGACGGCGAUGGUUCCAUCCGAACCUUCACCUUCAAAAUGGAGGAGAGCCCUAGUGUGGAUCUUGAAGGAGCCCCUGGUUUGCCGGGCAGCCCUGGCGAACGAUCCCCGGGUGCCUCGCCCGGCUCGGACGACAGGCAGCGGCUGGUCAAAAGCGCCAGGCCCCACUCUGAAAGUGCGAGGGAUUCCCUCCCCAGCGAGAGAGGCGAUGCACCAUUGACUUCACGCAGUUAUACGUGGCUCCUCGCAGGGUGUGCCGUGGUGGUGGCAGUGGUGGCUUUUGCACUUUACAAGAAGAAAUAGGAAUCUGGGGAGGGAGGCGAGGAAAGAAGGGAGAGUUCCUGGCCCUCCAAAUAGAUUGAUUCGUUCCCGGGCAAGCGUUAAGAUCGUCAUCCCUCCUCACCCAGUGCCUCUAUAUCAAGAGUUGACUCCUAGGCCAAAUACGACCCCCAGGACCUCUUUAUGUGACCCAUAAAGACUGUUGACCCUCUUCUGCACCCUCGUUGAAUGCUCUUUCAUGUCUGGAAUGUCUCCUUGAACUGGAAUACUAAUGCCUUUGGAUGGAGAAUUGAUGGGGGAAGGUCUGUGUGUGAAUAGAUAUCUCCGCCUUGCGAGUGGCUCUGUUACCUACUGUACAAAGGCAAGAGACAGAGCAACAGGUGUGACCCAAUUUUGGGGAUGGUUCUGCCCCCGACAGGUAGCCCCUCCCCUUGCAUUCUAUGCAAACACACUCCCACGCAGAGUUUUGCUUCUGUUUGAAUCCACUUCCUCCACGGGCGUCGCGCGAUGCUCACGGCAAUUAUUCGCCGUUCACCAGUUGCCUUCCUGCACGCUUCCUCUGCUCUGCCCUGGCAUACCUCUUAAGAGAAUAGGGCUUCUCUUGAUGGAGCACAUGUAACCCACUCCCAGUGGUGGCCCCUGAUAUGGGUGGCUUUACAAGAGUAGUUGGGUGGCGCUGUGGGUUAAACCACAGAGGCUUGGACUUGCCGAUCAGAAGGUCAGCGGUUCGUAUCCCCGUGACGGGGUGAGCUCCCGUUGCUUGGUCCCUGCUCCUGCCAACCUAGCAGUUCGAAAGCGGGAAGGUAAACGGAGUUUCUGUGCACUGCUCUGGUUCGCCAAAAGUGGCUUAGUAAUGCUGGCCACAUGACCCGGAAGCUGUACGCCGGCUCCCUCAGCCAAUAAAGCGAGAUGAGAGCCACAACCGCAGAGUUGGACACGACUGGACCUAAUGGUCAGGGGUCCCUUUACCCUUUACCUUACAAGAGUAGUUGGCAAAUUCAUGAAGGGGGAGAGGGCCAUUGAUGGCCACUAGCCAGGGUAGCUAUGCUCUGACUCCGCAGAGCAGCAAGCCAAAAUCAGUGAGAAGAAGCGCGGCAGCCAUAAUGCAUUUUUUAUCUUGCAAUUUUAAUGUACCGCUUGAUUUAAAAAUCCUCUGAAGUAGGACUGGGCGAUGCAUCGAUAAUAUCAUCCAAACCUGGUUUCAAGUCCAUACCAUGCUAUUGGUUUCAUUUUUUAAAAAAUCAUUUUUAUUGAUUUUCCAAUAAAAACAGCCAAUCAACAUAUCUGCAUCAUAAUCCAAUUAAAAACAAGAAACUGAAAUUAAAAAAGACCAAAUUGUAAUCCAAAAUGUAAUUAUUAAUUUUUCCGGGCUCCCCAUAGUCUGGACCUCUGAAGCAUAUCUCCAAAUCUUCAGUCCUGCCUCUUCUCGUUGUUUUCACAUUUUCCGCCUUCUGGUGGUUUCAUAAUUUUUGACCUGGCAAUAUUUUGCGAAUCAUGAUGUCUAGCUGUACGUUUGCUAUCCCAAAAUCACAAUGUGGGAGAGACUGUGAAGCCAGCCAAUGCCUCUACGUAGCUCCAUCCUUAUUUCGGACAUUGUGGUAUAUCGGUGUAUCACGACUUUUAGCUGGUGAUAUAUCACGAUGUUGGAAACCAGAUACCGCCCAGCCCUACUCUAAAGCAGUUUGUAAAAAACGGUAUAAAGCAUUCAAUAAUAGUAACAAAUAAUACAAUUUGUGUGUGUGUACAGUGAAGGCACCUGCCGGGCAUUAAUAGGCAGGGAGGCACGGAAGGCAGGUGAUGCCAUACUAAUAGGCUUAAAAUGUGGAAUGAACCCGUGGCACUCAUAAAAGUGCCCAUUCCACAGAUCAAAGUGGAGCAGUGGGCACAUAAUUGGGCAAAGUAAGCUAACAGCAGCACUUUGAAUAUUUUUUAAAAAUGGUUGCCACAACUGCACUCUUUUCCCCUUCCUAUAAACGGCCUAUUCUUUCUUUUUUAUCAGGCCUGCCUUUUCCUUUUCUACGAAAAAAUAGAUUGUACAGUGGUACCUCUGGUUGCGAACGGGAUCCGUUCCGCAGGCCCGUUCGCAACACGAAAAGCCCACAACCUGAAGCGCCGUAUCUGUCCAGGUGCACAGCGUGAUUUGGUGCUUGUGCACAUGCACAGAGCGCGAUUUAGUGCUUUUGUGCGAGCGGCGAAACCUGGAAGUAACCCUUUCCGGUACUUCUGGGUCGCCGCGGGACGCAACCUGAAAAAACGUAACAUGAAGCAAACUUAACAUGAGGUAUGACUGUACCAUUCUUUAAAUCCUGCCUUGCCAUCCCCCCUGGUGCACCUGAAGCAGCACAGCCGGACGCCUUCAUCUGUCCUGCUUGCAAUAAAACAUGCCUCUCCCAUAUUGGCAACAAACGCAGGCGCUGCAACUCUCCUGCGGUUUGACUUCACCGCUAAAGGAGCUUUCUUCUGUCGUCUCCCAAGGCAGCCAGAUACCAACACCACCAUUCCUCUUACUGCCCCCCUCCCCCCACUUGUUCAUCUAAAUGCUGCUCGUUUCACUUGCUCAUGGUAAUUAAAAAAAAACAAAAAUUAGCUGAAAGCCUUUUUUGGCUGCUUCGUGACCCCAUCUUGGUGCACCGAUGCAUUCCACACACAGACUACCACCACCAGCAAAUGCACAGGGCCCCAGGAUGUGUAUGUCCAAAUUGGGCAAAUUCAGUAUUUACCAAACUGAAGAAAGCAAGGGUGCAGUUUGAGAGGGAGGGGUCAUCCUGAUCUGGAAAUCUUAUGAAGCCUUCUGGGGUCGAGGGGAGUCCUAAUAUUGUUAUGUACUGAAGUUCUCACCCUGGGCCAGCAGGGGGAUACUGUAGGUAGUUUUCACUCAGGUCCACAUAUGCAAAAAAGGAAUUGAAAGUGACGCUCAGUGAUUGGAUAGUUACAGAAAGUUGUUACUGUUGCUUUGUAGUGGAGCUCUGUAUAAGCAGGUUGGCUGAACCCUUCAGUUCAGUUCUGUUCUGGCCUGUGAGUAAACAAGAGCUGUCUGAAGAAUCGCUGUGUUGUCUGAUAUGUUCACCCACAACUUAACAAUUAUUAUUUAUUAAACUUAUCACCCUUCAUCCAAAGAGCACAGGGCGGUUUGCAGCAUAGAAGCACAAAAUGAAAAACAAAAUACCUCUCGCAAUACCAAACUGAAAUAUGGGACGCUGGCAUGGCCCUGUCAUUCAGGGCCUCGAUUCUAGCUUGCAGCAGAAUAUGUGCCCGCUUGACUGCUUAGAUGUGCAGAACUGCCACUUCUACAAGUGCUACAUAAGAUUAGUUUCUUGCAGGCAAGAAAUCAGUCCUUCGGUGUGGCAGAGCCUACCCUUCGGAACUCCCUGUCCAUUGAUAUUAGGCGGGUGCCUUCACUGUACUGCUUUUAAUGCCUGCUAAAAGCCUAUUUGUUCUAGGAAGCCUACCCAGGCUUGACAUUUUAGUAGGUAUAAUUGGUGUUUUCUUUUAAUCACUGGUUUUAUUUUGUAUUUGUUUUUUAUGUUGCUUCUUUUUAAUGAUUCCUUUUCUGUUGGCGUUUUAAAUGAAUAUUUUAGCCUGCCUUGUUAAAUUGCUUAGGGGUCUUUUGUUCUACUAAUACUUUUUUGUUAAUAAAAUAAAUAAGUGUCUCCCUCUCUCUGCAUGCUUUUGGAAUUCUUCCCGAGGAGGUAGUUGCAAAGAAGUGCUCUUCUCUGAACUUUCCGUCCGGUUCGAUUUCUGCUUUUCUCAGGAAAAGGCUUGUAAGCAAGAGUCAUGACCAACUGCAUCCUAACUCUUUUUGCAGGUAGCAUUUUAUGAGAAGUCUUUCCAGAAUUAUUCCUGGGCCAGAUGAUAUCAACGGAGCUGUCCUUCGGAUGGUUUUGUACCGCACCAGAUGCCUUCUUAAAAAUGCAAUUAAUCUUCCGUAGUGGUGAAGGGACAGGAUACCCAAAUCCUGUCUGUGAAGUCACCCCAAAAUCACCUCAGGCCUCAAAACUGUCCAAAAUUCCCUUUCUCUCUUCUAAAAAUCCACAGCAGCUUCAGCUCUUCUCUGCUUUCUCACAAGAAGCUGCUGCACAGGCAAAAUGUAACUUUUAUCAGUACGAGAGAGCUUCAAAAAGCCUAAUGAAUAGGCUCUGUCAGUGCCAAGCAUAAAGGAAGCCUGGGAACUGAGUCUUAUCUCAUCCAGUUGCAACACAUCUUGGACACGCUGAACCGCAAGGCUCCUCAACCCCCUUGGCUUCUCAUCCCCCUUUCCUGGGAAGGGCGCCAAGAGUCCCAAAGACAGGAGCUUUCUGUUCAUGCUCAGGAAACUCAUCAUGGGGCAGGGCUCCUGAGGAGGAGGAGAAAGGGGAGGGAACUGGAGGGGAAUAAAUACUCUGUGCAAAUGGCUGUGAACUUGUGCUAAGCUUGUGAGUUAUCACGCUUGCUCCUUCUACCAGUCCGGAUGGUAGAAAUAAAGCUCUUUCUCUGAAAUUAUUCCUUGAGUGUCUGUUUGACUCCCAUUUCCCUGUCCCGGGCGCAAUGCUCUUCCCACCCAAGGGCAAAGCCUAAAAAGUCUACCGUGGCCAAGACCUAGGGAAAUAGCUGCCUCAUACUGGGUCAGGCCUAUUCGUAUUGUCUCUGCCACAACUUCAUCCUUGAGAGAUCUUGUGAAUUUUUUAUUUUUUUUUACUAGACCCCUAAGGUCCAUUAGCCAGAGCUGGUUACAAAAUGGUGGCUCAGCCAGGUGGCCAGAUCCUAAGAGCUGAGAAAAAGGAUGCCUUUGAACAGAUGCUCAGCUUGGGAAUCUGAUCAGUACCAGAAGCAAGCCCUGAAUCCACUCCUGCUGUUCCCACAAGCGUUCAUUCAUUUAUUUCAACAAAUUAUAUACCAUUUAUCUGAAGAAGUGUGCGUGCACACGAAAGCUCAUACCCAGAACAAACUUAAGUUGGUCUCUAAGGUGCUACUGGAAGGAAUUCUUUUAUUUUGUUCCGACUAUGGCAGACCAACACGGCUACCUACCUGUAAUUACCAUUUAACACCCUAUUCUCUAAGCAGUGUACAGAAAGGCUCAAACUAUACAAUAAAGAUAACAUCAGUUAACAGCAAUUCUGCUUUUGCUUUUCUUCUUCUUUGGUGAUCACUUGUAGCCGAGUAAGAUUGUCUUCCAUGAACACGGUCUUAACAGUAAGUCUGUAAGUGACUGUGGAGGCCAAUUCUGGAUCCACACGUCCUUCCACAGUGGGGACAUAGGUUUCCAGAUGGGAGUUGAUCCCAGUGAGGGUUUGCCAAGCGUGCCUUCCUCUUAGCGCAUUUCUCCCUUUCAUCCUGAGUUCGAGUGUCUUCAAAGCACAUGACACUUUUGGUAAAGGCUGUUCUCCAACUGGAGCGCUCGCAGGCCAGAGUUUCCCAGUUGUUGGUGUUUAUACUACUUUUUUUUUAAGAUUUGCCUUGACUUGAGAGAGUCUUUAAACCUCUUUUGUUGACCACCAGCAUUACACUUUCCAUUUUUAAGUCCUUUAGUGAGACACAAGGAACUCUCCAGGGCACCAAAGUCCUGCCCUCAAUUUACUCAGCCGUCUUUUAUUUCAGUAUAUAUCUGAGAUUUUACCAGGCAAUGCAUUCUCUGUAGAACUUUUAAGGACCAGUGUAAUUGAGAAGCAAUGUGGCAGACUCCAGGACUGUCUUUUCCGGAAGUGGGGCAAUGAUACUAGCUGUGAAUUUAUUUAUUGCAUUAAAUUUAUAUACUGCUCGAUUGUAAAACAAAAACCUCAAAGCAGUUUACAAAGAGAAUAAAACAAAAUUACCAGUGAAAACGGUUAAAAACAAUCAUUCAAAACAAAGUAAAAAUCAGCAAUAAACUUACCGUAUUUUUCGCCCCAUAGGACACACUUUUUCCCCUCCAAAAAUGAAGGGGAAAUGUGUGUGCG